CUCGAUAGUAAAAUCCAAUGAACAGACGGAACAGUACUAUUUACAACGGCAGCAUUAGAUGAUCGAUUUUUAGAAUUCGUUAUACGAAUAGUUUGUUAAGGAAUAAUUUUCAAAAUGGCUUUCAACGAGAUUAUGCGCAACAUUGGAGAUACCAUCAUGAAUAACAAACUGCUGACAUUUCUAAGCGUUGCCCUGUUUGCAUUCGUCAUUGCUACGAUCGCCCUGGCCAGUGAGAACAACAGUAACGCAGAUUCAUUGGCCGAGUGUAAAAAUCGGCUUUGGACUGCUACCUCGGAGGCACCAGUGACCACCACGAUAGCCCCGGUGGAAACUAGCCCUACUGAGGGGUCUUCUUCAUCAGUGUCUGAAACCAUCUCAACAACAGAACAAUCUUCGGCAAUGACCACAACAUUAGAAGAAACAACGACGACGGUAUCAUCAACAACAACAACAGAAGUAACAACGACACCAACAAUAACAGAAUCAUCAGAAAAACCCGUAGCGUACAAAUGAAUUUUGGGUUGAUCCUGAAACUCCCUGUUGGUGCCGAUGUUAAAGCAUUUCUUUACAACAAAAAAAACUAUCCUGUUCAACCUGAUGCCAGAAAAAAAAGUUUAUGUAUAAGAACAUUCAUCAUUGGAUUGAAUAGAUGAUUCCAAAGUUCGAACAACACUGAGAUUAAACUUGUUACUAGCAAAGCAAAUCCAGAAACGGUGCUUCUGUAUACAAUAUUUCUAACGAGUCACAAUUGUUGUCACUCAUUUCAGCCUAAUCAUUUAGCUUUCGUGCAUAAAAAACCUAAUCGUACAUUC